UAGAGUAAGAGUAUAUUCAUCUUUUGCUGAGCAAAACGACGAAAUUUUACGCUAUACUUCGAUUACUCUUGUUUUAACAGACUUCCGUGUAUAAUAAGGAAUCGAAAAAGUAAUUCGCAUUACGCGCCGAGAUUUAGUCCUCUUAAUUAAGAAAAUUAUACCUAUAAGUCUGAGACAAUUGUAAGAACGCGUUUUAUGCAACGCGUAAAAGCUAGUUUUCUAAAUCGUAAAUACCGCGCUAAACUAGCUUCAAAAUUAUUGCAAUUGUUCGCGGCACUUAUACAUUCAAGUCAGGCAUGAGCGCAAGAGCAAAAACGUUACCCAACUCGAAAAAAUGUACAGCAGUCCGUGACAGACGCAAUAAUAAAAUUAUUGUAAGUACGAUCGAAAGUAGUUCAGCAAAAUAAAAUCGAAACCUCAUAUCGUGAUACUGUUUUAUCUGCAGGUAUUUAGUCAUCUCAGACCGUCGCGUUUGCGUAAUUUCGAGAAAACUGUAUGUAAGUGUAUAGAACACAACGAUAAAAGAGAAAAUCCCGUAUAAACGGGCUGUUUAGCGCUCUCUUUGAAAUCCUGAAAACGAGCGAAAUGCUGGCGCGUGAAAAAAAUCGAAAGUGGAAUUUCUAGGCACGUACGUGCGGCUCGACUAAGAAUCUGGAACAUGUCAUUGUCGGUCAAUUGUCGUAUACGCUAUACAUAUAGUUGUUUGCAUCUUCCACCUGCUCAGUUAUGCAUAGGCACACUGACGCACACUGACGCACACUGACGCACACACGCGCACCUGUGGAUUGUGUAUUGUUGUGCUGUGUGAAAAGAGCGAGAGCGCUUGAAUACUGUCUCGACUCCACUUCCUUUGUAUUCGAUGUCUUUUACAAUACGCAGUGGAUGGUCCUGGAUACAUCCGAGUUCUCUGGUUCGUUCCUUCGACAAAACCUCUUCUCUCAGCUUCCGCGUACGAUGGGUUUUGUCGAGAUCGAGGGUGAAAAAUCAGUUCGAAACGCUUAACGAUCGUUUCGGAGUCGCGAGUGGAGACGUCAGGUAAAGCAGCGGUGGUUGGUUAGGUUGGAUGAAGUGACCGCCCGCGCCGUAGGUGAGUAUAGUAGAAGAGGUGGAAGGAGGAGCCGCGACGCGUCAACCACAGGCGGUACUCCGCGGUAGUGCGAGCGAGAAAGAGAGCGAGUCGAGCACUGCUUGGGUGUGGUUAACGUGGGAUCUCUUUUUCUUGCGAUACGCUUACGCGCUACCGAUGAAUUCGUCGGCCAGCAGUUGACAGUCCGAGUCCGAAGCUCCGCCAACGCGCAGAGUCACAACGAGAGCGGAACAGGAAGGAAGGCUGGAGAGAGUGCGUGCGAGAGGGAGAGAAAGAGCUGCAGGUGUGUGUUUGGAGAGGCUCCGUUCCAUUGCAGAUCGUGCGUCGCGCGAGCCUGACGCCAGUAUUAUUGUAACAUUAGCAAGAUGAAGAAGAGAAGCCUGGCUGGGAACGUCGGCAUCGGGAUCUUUCUCGUUGCCCUAAUUUGCGUCUGCGUGGCCUUCGGUACACCAGCAUGGCUCGUAAGCGAUUACCGUAUCACCAACGCCAAGCUGGACAUGCUUGGCCUCUGGCGACAUUGUUUCAGAUCACUGCCUAACCCUGCGGAGGCCGACGCGCCCAGGCGCUUCUUCGUCGGCUGUAGAUGGGUCUACGAUCCCUUUACAACCGGCUACUCCGAUAUUCGGGGAUAUCUUUUACCGCCUUUCAUGGUGGCCACACAGUUCUUCUUUACAAUUUGCUUUUUGGCAUUUUUAAUAACACUGGGUCUGACAGUGCUCUAUGCAACAUGCUGGGACCCAGAGCAAAAGCACUACAUAAAACUUAUCAUGGCCAUUGGAUCCCUGCUCAUUUUUGGCAGUGUUUGUGGAUGUAUAGCAGUCAUUGUAUUUGCCUGCCUUGGCAAUGCAGAUGGUUGGAUGCCUGGGCAUCCCAAUAAUUACUUGGGAUGGUCAUUUGCCUUAGGAGUCAUUGGAAGUGUUUUAGGUCUCAUUGCCAGCCUUCUCUUCCUUGUUGAAUGCAACAUUCAGAAGAAAAAGAGGAAAGAUCUAAAAGAAUCUCAAUCAAAAUUUCCACUGGACACUCGUGCCUAAGUUAACAAUAUCUAUUAUACAAGUAUCUCUAUUAGAUAAUGAUAAAAAACGACGAUCUUUCAAGCGAAAGUAAUUUUAAUUGCAUUGUAUAUUUGAAAAGUGAGCAUAUUUUACAUGCCAUCGCUUUUAUGUACUAUUGUAAAUGUAUUUGCUACAAUACUAUCCGUCCAUGAUCCGUCCAUAGACACUAGUACAAAAGUUAAGUUAGCUUUUAGUAUAUAACAAACAAUUGUUUAUAAAUAUUUACUUUACAUUGUUGUAUAAACUUUUUUACAAAUAAAUAUUUGUAUCUAUUAAA